UAUACAAAUCUAGUUUCUCUCUACUUCUGACCAUACGGAAAACCGCCUGCUUCUUGGCCAAUCCCCCAUAGUGGGUACGCGCCACUGUCUGGGACACAAGACAAGACAAUUCCCCCGUCGUAGGGCAAGUGUGCGAGAUCGUCAUCGACAACCGCAGAAAACCGACAGCCCGGGGCAAGAGUCUAAAAGAUGGCGGACGUGCAGGCGUUUCCCCCGGACGGCCUGGAGGAAGCCCUCCUGGGCAACCAGCAGGCCGAGGGCCAGGGGCGACCGUUCAUGGGGAAGACGCCGUCCAUCCUGAAGGGAGCCGUCUACCCGAGGCAAGGAGAGUACGACGCCGGCUUGGGGCCACCCGGCUCCGGGCCGGGGGGCGCCGGCGGGCAGGCCGGCGGCGACCAACAGCAGCCGCCUCCACGCCGAGAGAGGCCGCCGCCGUGGGGAUUCUACGCGCUCGUGACCACGCUAGCGGUGGGCGCCAUCGUGGCCGGGGCGGUGCUCGGCAACUCGAUGAACGACGUGGCCAGAGCGAAGAUGGCCGCCGCCGCCCGGAAGAGCGCCGGUGACUACGAGGACGCUUCCACCGUGGCCGAGAGCGAGACGCCACCGACGGCCAAGUACCGCGCUGCUGGCACCACCACCGCCGCCGCCGCCAACGCCACCACCAGCGCCCUCGCCAACACUACCAAACGGGCUAGGACCACCAGGAGGACCACCCGUGAGGAGACGCCGGCCGUCGCGACGUUGGACGCGAGCCCCGACGACGAGGGGACGACGACCACCACGCGCAAGAGAAAGAAGAAGACCACGAGCGCCACCCGCACCACCGCCAUCCGCAGGCGCAGGCGGAAGGCCAAGGUGGCCGCGGCCAAAGCCGAGGACGAGUGACGCCGCCGGAAAGCGCUGGGCCGCCGCUCGCCGUUUUGGCCCGUGAGAGGCGCCAAUAAACUCCGAUCGCCCCCCCUCUUCUCUGAUC